CUUUAAACACUCUAGUUCUUCAUGAGUCCUGACAAGAGAAGGAGGGUUUAUUAUUUUUAUUUACAAAGAAUAAAAAAUGGUAACCAUUCUAGGAUUUAAUGAUGUGAUCUGGCUCUUGGUUUUGUACUUUGUAUUUUAUGCUGCUUUACCAAACAUACAGGGAUCAGACGCAGGGUACACAGAGGAAAACGAACAGACAAUCUACCGCUGCAACUUGCAUGGGACUGUGAAGAAGCCAUCUUCAGUGGUUUUAAACUGGAAAGUAGAUCUGGAAAAUAUGGAGAUGACUUGGGACCCUAAUGUCACAAUGGAAGAAUGUUCUGUUGAUACUCCUCCCAAUAAGUGUGACUAUGGUAAACCAACAGAAACAGUGUGUUAUUUUGACAAUGUGCAACUUCAUGAGGGGGCUACAUUCAUAGCCAAAAUACACUAUCUGAAUCAGACUCUUUCAGAUAGCAUCUACUUCUCCCCUGAAGAAACAGAUGGAACAUCAGCUGAAAAUUUCUCUUGCGUGCUUUACAAUGUUUCUUCUGUGAACUGCACUUGGAAUGUUGGCAGAAAUGCUCCAGAAGAUGUCCAGUAUUUUCUUUUCAUGAAGUACUUUGGCAAAGACAGGAAACAAAAGAGAGAGUGUCUACAUUACAUAAAUAAUGUCCUCGGACAACAUAUCGCAUGCCACAUUCCCACAUUUGAAUUUGAUAAAGAUAAAUACUACAUCUAUGUGAAUGGAUCAAGCAAAAAAUCACAGAUUCAGUAUUAUGAUGUGCUUCUCAAGCUAUGCCACCAUGAAAGGCUAGGCCCUCCACAAACUAUCACUAAAAAUUGCUCUAAGCUGACAUCGAAGUGUAUAAUACAAUGGAUACCUCCUCUCAACAAUGAGAACUGCUGCUGCCUUCAUUAUGAUAUAAAGGAUGAAAGAAAAGAGACCCCUGAUAUUAUAUUUGAGAAUUACAUAAACAUUGAUAUGGCUGAAAGACGUAUUGUGAGGAUCCGUUCAGUUAAAGAUUUGAACGAUUAUAUAGUCUAUGGUGAAUGGAGUGAACCAAUUAUAUUAGACCUCCCAAACCAACCAAUUCCGUUACAAACAAUUACUUUAAUACUUCUAGCAGUUGGAACCAUCUCAAUGAUCUUGAUCCUGGUUUUUCUCUGUAAAAGAUACCGUACAUGGCAUAAACUAAUUGCUCCAGUUCCACAACCAAAGGACCUUUUUCAUCAAUACAGCAAGAAUAUGGAGAAAGAAUUGGUGGACCCAAUACCAACAGCACAUGAGCCUGAUGAAAAAAUAACAGUAAUUGAAGAAGUUACUGAUGGCUUUAAAAAAUAAAGAUACUUCUCUAGACAGCA